UCGCGGGCAGCGUCCUCACAGCGAUGGCGGCCGAGCAGGGCCGGCGGUGGUGGCGGCUGCGGCUACGGCUGGAUAUGGCAAUGGCAGCGGCAGCGGUAGGUGGCGGGGGCCUGUGACCGGGAGCCGUCCCCGGACCCGGGCACCAUGAGCCAAGGCCCCCCGACAGGGGAGAGCAGCGAGCCCGAAGCAAAGGUCCUCCACACCAAGCGGCUUUACCGGGCUGUGGUGGAGGCUGUGCAUCGACUUGACCUCAUCCUUUGCAACAAAACUGCUUAUCAAGAAGUGUUCAAACCAGAGAACAUUAGCCUGAGGAACAAGCUGCGUGAGCUCUGCGUCAAGCUUAUGUUCCUGCACCCAGUGGACUACGGGAGGAAGGCUGAAGAGCUGCUAUGGAGAAAGGUAUAUUAUGAAGUUAUCCAGCUUAUCAAGACUAACAAAAAGCACAUCCACAGCAGGAGCACCUUGGAAUGUGCCUACAGAACACACCUGGUUGCUGGUAUUGGCUUCUACCAGCAUCUCCUUCUUUAUAUCCAGUCCCACUACCAGCUUGAACUGCAAUGCUGCAUCGACUGGACGCAUGUCACCGACCCCCUCAUAGGAUGCAAGAAGCCAGUGUCUGCCUCAGGGAAGGAGAUGGACUGGGCACAGAUGGCGUGCCACCGAUGUCUAGUGUACCUGGGGGACUUGUCACGAUAUCAGAAUGAAUUAGCUGGUGUAGACACUGAGCUGCUAGCUGAGAGAUUUUACUACCAAGCCCUGUCAGUAGCUCCCCAGAUUGGAAUGCCCUUCAAUCAGCUGGGCACCCUUGCAGGCAGCAAGUACUACAAUGUGGAAGCCAUGUACUGCUACCUACGCUGCAUCCAGUCGGAGGUGUCCUUUGAGGGGGCCUAUGGGAACCUUAAGCGGCUGUAUGACAAGGCAGCCAAAAUGUACCAUCAGCUGAAGAAGUGUGAGACUCGGAAACUCUCACCAAGCAAGAAGCGAUGUAAAGACAUUAAGAGGUUACUGGUGAACUUUAUGUAUCUACAGAGUCUCCUGCAGCCCAAGAGCAGCUCGGUGGAUUCAGAGCUAACAUCACUUUGCCAGUCGGUCCUGGAGGACUUCAACCUCUGUCUCUUCUACCUGCCCUCCUCACCCAGCCUCAGCCUGGCCAGUGAGGAUGAGGAGGAGUAUGAGAGCGGCUAUGCUUUUCUCCCGGACCUGCUCAUCUUUCAAAUGGUCAUCAUCUGCCUUAUGGGCGUGCACAGCUUGAAGAGAGCAGGAUCCAAGCAGUACAGUGCAGCCAUCGCCUUCACGCUGGCCCUGUUCUCCCACCUCGUCAAUCACGUCAACAUCCGGCUGCAGGCUGAGCUGGAAGAAGGCGAGAACCCCGUGCCGGCAUUCCAGAGCGACGGCACGGAUGAGCCAGAGUCCACGGAGUCACUGGAAAAAGAGGAGGAGCCAGGGCCUGAGCCACCUCCGGCAGCACCUCAAGUGGGCAAGGUCAGAAAGAGCCGUAAGAUCUCCCGUCUCUCUUGCCUGCGCCGCCGCCGCCACCCGCCCAGAGCUGGCGACGACAGUGACCUGAGUGAAGGCUUUGAAUCGGACUCAAGCCAUGACUCGGCCCGGGCCAGCGAGGGCUCAGACAGCGGCUCAGACAAGAGUCUUGAAGGUGGAGGAACGGCUUUUGAUGCUGAGACAGACUCGGAAAUGAACAGCCAGGAGUCCCGAUCAGACUUGGAAGAUAUAGAGGACGAGGAGGGGGCACGUUCCCCAGCCCUGGAGCCCCUGCGGGCCAACUCAGAGGCUCCUGAGUCCCUCAAUGGUCCACUGGGCCCCAGUGAGGCCAGCAUGGCCAGCAAUCUCCAAGCCAUGUCCACCCAAAUGUUUCAGACCAAGCGCUGCUUCCGGCUGGCCCCCACCUUCAGCAGCCUGCUCCUCCAGCCCCCCACUGAACCUCACGACUUGGCUGGCUGCAGGCCCUGUGUCAACGGGGGUGUGGGCAAGCCCUCAGAGCCAGCCUCUGAGGAGGGCUCUGAGUCAGAGGAGAGUGAAUCCAGUGGACACUCGUGUCGGAAUGAGCGCAGCACCCAGGAAAAGCUGCAGGUCCUGAUGGCUGAAGGUCUGCUCUCUGCCGUGAAAGUCUUCCUGGACUGGCUGCGAACCAACCCCGACCUCAUCAUCGUAUGUGCGCAGAGCUCCCAAAGUUUGUGGAACCGUCUGUCUGUGUUGCUGAAUCUGUUGCCAGCUGCUGGCGAGCUCCAGGAGUCUGGCCUGGCUCUGUGCCCUGAGGUCCAGGAUCUUCUUGAAGGCUGUGAGCUGCCCGACCUGCCCGCUUCCCUGCUGCUGCCAGAGGACAUGGCGCUCCGCAACCUGCCUCCCCUCCGGGCUGCCCACAGACGCUUUAACUUUGACACCGAUCGGCCCCUGCUCACCGCCUUAGAGGAGUCGGUGGUACGUGUCUGCUGCAUCCGCAGCUUUGGCCACUUUGUGGCUCGCCUACAGGGCGGCAUCCUACAGUUCAACCCAGAGGUCGGCAUCUUCGUCAGCAUCGCGCAGUCCGAGCAGGAGAGCCUGCUGCAACAGGCCCAGGCCCAGUUCCGGAUGGCACAGGAGGAAGCUCGGCGGAACAGGCUAAUGAGAGACAUGGCUCAGCUCCGACUUCAGCUCGAGGUUUCCCAGCUGGAGGGCAGCCUGCAGCAGCCCAAGGCCCAGUCGGCCAUGUCUCCCUACCUCAUCCCUGACACCCAGGCCCUCUGCCACCACCUCCCAGUCAUCCGCCAGCUGGCCACCAGUGGCCGCUUCAUUGUCAUCAUCCCAAGGACUGUGAUAGAUGGCCUGGACCUGCUGAAGAAGGAGCACCCAGGGGCCCGGGAUGGGAUCCGCUAUCUGGAGGCGGAGUUUAAAAAAGGAAACAGGUACAUUCGCUGCCAGAAAGAAGUGGGCAAGAGCUUUGAGCGGCAUAAGCUGAAGAGGCAGGAUGCAGAUGCCUGGCAGCCCUGCAGGCCGCUGCCCACGCCAGCGUGGACAUCAAGAAUGUUCUGGACUUCUACAAGCAGUGGAAAGAGAUUGGUUGAGACUGACCCCCAAGGCCCUCCAGUGGGGCUGACUCCAGAUCUCUCCUGCUCUCCCUGGCAGCCAGGACCACCACUUGUAGUCACCCCACCACACGCAGACUCACGCACGCACACAGGAAGGAAGCCUAGCUGUGCAGAGGCUGCAGGGAGGGCCCAGGAGCCAGUGGGGAGGGCGGGGUCCCCUCUUGCCAAGCUGAUGUCAGGAAAGCAAGGAGAGUGCUUGGAGCAGGAGAGGCCUGUGGGUCCCAGGCCAGCCUUCCUGCCUCAACCCCCUGCUGUCCCCAGGGGCAGGUGGCAGGCAUGGGUGUCUGUCUCAUUGGAGUGGUUUCUAGACCUCUGAGGGGAAGGAACAGAAGAGAUCCUUCUUCCUCACCAAGAUCCAGGGUGGUUGGGGGCUAGGAGUUUGGACCCUCCAAGCCCUGGGGGAAGAGUUGAGUAACACCUAAUGUCUGGGUGGUUCUCUGCAGACCCUUCCCCUCCUCAAGGACCACCCAUCCUCCUUUCAUCGCCCUUUGUGGGGGCUGGGCAGCUCUGGAGCCAGAGGCUCUUCCAGAAGUGGGGCCUGGUGGGCCUGGGGCUGCCUGUGCUGAGUAGCAUGGCCAGCCUUGGACUCCCCUCCUCCCUGUUGCAGGGGCCUCACACCAACCUCUGCUUUCUGCCUCCCUUAGUCUAGCUUCCAGGGUAGGGAGCAGGCUGUGCUUUGUGCUCUUGGCUGCUAUGCUGGGACGAGCCGGAUGCCAGUAAGCAAAGCGAGGGGUGCAGCCUGCAGUCACCACCCCUUCACUGUUUAUUUAGGGAGGGCUUUGCUCACAGCGGAGGGGAGAGCCGAGACUGGGGCCUGCAUUCAGGUGGGCAGUAGAAAGGAGAGGCCCACUGAAGCUGCCUGGUCAGGGGCCUGCUGUCCUGAUGGGCUUCCGUACCUGUGCCCUUCCCCAGGACUGAAGAGCUGGUGGGGCUGAACAUGGGCUAGCUUUGGGGUGUCGAGGUGAAUGUGGGAAAAUGGGGGCAGAGAUCAUGAAUAGCUCACAGUGGUGAGCGGAACCCCAAAAGCAGGGCCGCGGGAGGUGUGGGCCAGGGUCACCUCAGCCCUUCCCCCUCAGGCUAGUAGCACAGGGCAGGGGUGGGGUGAGGGAGGGAUAGCAGCUCUGCUACCCUUUUCCUCCCCCAGGGCUAGCCCAGCUUCCAAGCUGCUUAGAGGAGGGCGGGCUCCCUGCCUCCUCUAAGACAGCAAGGCUGGGAAAACCUGGGUGGGUGGAGACACCCCGGUCCCUGACAAGAGACUGAGAAGCAUCACUUAAUAAAAGUUCCCCCAAGCCCA